AUGUCCAAGGAAAACCAGAACGUUGUUUUAGUGAGUGUUGAGGGAGAGAGAUUUGUCGUUGACAGGAAGAUCGCUGAACGCUCACUUUUACUAAAGAACUACUUGCAAGAUCUUAACAGUGGCGAUUUGCAUGAUGAUAACGAUGCUGACGAUGACGAAGAUGAUGAAGAGGAUGGUGACGAUGAAAUAGUGAUGCCCGUGCCCAAUGUGAGGUCGUCAGUAUUACAGAAAGUGAUCGAAUGGGCCGUUCAUCACAAGGAUUCCAAUUUCCCCGAUGAAGAUGACGACGAUUCGAGGAAAGCUGCGCCUGUGGAUCCAUGGGACCGUGAGUUCUUGAAAGUGGACCAAGAAAUGUUAUAUGAGAUUAUUCUAGCAGCUAACUAUCUAAAUAUCAAGCCAUUGUUGGAUGCUGGAUGUAAAGUUGUUGCGGAGAUGAUUAGGGGCAGAACACCUGAAGAAAUCAGAAGGACCUUCAAUAUCGUUAACGAUUUCACUCCAGAGGAAGAAGCUGCCAUAAGACGUGAAAACGAAUGGGCAGAAGACCGUUAA